CGCACACAUGCACCUCUCCAGUUUCAAUGCAUUUGCCUGGGGCAGGACCCCUCCCACUUCGUGUAAGCACUUAAUUGUCAGUUUUGACGAAUGCUGGGGUACUUAAAUAGCGUCAAAGUUUCUUGUAUGGGUGGAAUUGGUCAACUUGCCACAGAGCGCAUGUUACCCAUAGUUUAUUCCAGCUCCGCAGAUCGAUAAACAUGCAGGUGUCUCUUGCGCUCCUUGUCUCCAGCACCGUGCUGCUGCUGCUACAGGGAUGUUGUACCUUCGUGCAAGGAUGGAGGGUGCUAAAAAACGAUGCUACAGAGAUCGUACCAGAAUAUACUGAAAACAUACAGCCUCACGAGGAACCAAUACCACAGGCUUCUAAUAAUAACAAUAAUACAAUGAAUCGACCAAAACACGGGGGAAGGAGAUCAUCAGCAAACACAGCCUCCUAUAGUGCCUCGGAGCUGAGCUGCAGAGAGCUGCGCUCCACCCGUUACAUCACUGACGGCUCCUGCCGCAGUGCCAAGCCCGUCAAGGAGCUGGUGUGCUCGGGUCAGUGCAUGCCCGCCCAUCUCCUACCCAACUCCAUCGUGCGCGGCAAAUGGUGGCGGAGCAGCGCUUCCGACUACCGCUGCAUCCCGGCCCACUCCCGAACCCAGCGGGUGCAGCUGCAGUGCCCCAACGGCAACAGCCGGACUUACAAAAUCCGCGUGGUCACCUCCUGCAAGUGCAAGCGCUAUAGCCGCCACCACAACCAGUCAGAGGCCAAGGAGGCCUCCUCUUUGCCCGAGCCCCGACGCAACAAGAAACGCACCCGGCCUCCCGGGAGUCAGAGCAAGAGCAACACCCCAACGCUGGUCAGCAACUCCUACUGAGGAUUCCUUUCCUUCUUCCGUACAAAUGCAGAGACCAAAGUAGCACGCUCACUCAUACACACGCACAUGUUACACACAACCCAACACGGCUCCUUCAUUGGAAGAGGGAGAGGAAGAGACAUUUCAACAAAAAGGGAUUUGUUAAGCUGUUUGUUGGACUGGCUUGACAUGCGUUUUUCUCACCAGAUAGGCACUAUAGAUUUUGCAGCCUAUUUUCAAACAUAUUUCAGAACCUUUGAUUUGCAUGACCAAAUGAGUCAACAGACUAUGCCAGGGAAGGCCAUGUGGCUGGUCAGGAAAGGUGGGACACUGCUCGGAUUGGAGUGUAGAUUAUCAUUACACACUCCAGUUCAUAGAUAACGGCCUCUGACUCAGGCACAAGUAGAAUCUACCUUAGCCACAGCAAGAGGUGCACCUAAACUCAAAAUCCACCUGUGAAAACAUCCAGCGGGCAGGCUACACUGCUUGAUAGGCCUAUAGGGUUGAAAGGUGUCUCUAUGCUGUAACUGGUUCUAAUCCAUCUUUUCCAUGGCUGUGUGUACUGUAACAUAGCAGCACCUGGUAGCCCUGGGGCUUCAGGCUCUGGAAGUGGGCUGCUGACAGGCCUGAGAGGCCCUGGCCUUGACCCCAGACCACGCAGUAACAUGACAGCCCGGGCAGCACCUCACUCACCAGAAGCCUCCCAGGGCCCUCCUCGCACCGUAGCAGCCUUACAGGAGCUGUCAGUUAGGGCCCCUGGCCCAGUGGCCCUAGAGCCCCUGUGAGAGAGGGAGAGUGAGAGAGGGGAAAUGGCUGUGUCAGCAGUCCAAGACCAGGGUCCCUUCGGUCAAACAGGCAACUAGGCAUUCCUGUGACUCGUCUUAAUGACUAAAUGAGACCAUUCCUGUGUUUAGAAUUUCCGCUAGACAUGGCUGGUUCCUGUUUGCAGGAAUCACACACACACACACACACACACACACACACACACACACACACACACACACACACACACACACACACACACACACACACACACACACACACACACACACACACACACACACACACACACAAAAGGUCCACGAGUGGAGGCGGCUCCAGUAAUUGUGCCUGUUGUUACCCUCUGGCACAACAUUCUCCACUAAACCCACACUGACUGGAACUGUUUUGUUAGCAGCAAAUAAGUUUGGCGACCAACUAGUCAUGUCCCUAUUCUAUUCAUUGUGAACCUAGAGUGACUCAUUCUCUGAAUAGCACUGACAGGAAAGAUAGGAAUGAGAUAAAAAACUGAAUCUCAAUCUGAAUUGUUUGAUAUUGGCUGUUGAUAUCCUGCAGGAUGCUGACGGACAGAAAUAGACAGAAAGACAGACAGACAGGAAAAGGUUGUGGAUGCCCAGUCUGCCCAUGCUGACAACCCAUUCCCUUUUUUCAACCCUGUCAGUACUACGGCCUGUAUUUCAUGAAGAAUACUCAUAACGUUUCCACUUAUUGUCCACAUUCCAUUGUUCCAUUCUCUCAUAUCGCUUCCUGAUUUUCAGUUUUCUAAACUAUACUGACAGUGUUUCCUUCUUGUUCAAUUGUGUGUUUGAAAUAGCAACUGGAAAGGAUUUUGUCAUAUAAGUAGAGUUGUCAUGUAUAGCUUGAUUGUACAUAUUGUUCCUGUCUGGUCUUUUGGCUAAAAGCAGUUGGGGAGGAAAGAAACCUUGCAGACUCAAAGAAAUGAACUGCAUAUUUAUUUUUUAUUUCCACAUGUGAAUUAUUUAUGCAACUUUUUGUAGUAAAUGAUAGCCAUUAUUGUCAUUUAGAAUAAUAGUGACUGUCAGAUAAUAAUGAAAUGCUGUACAGUACACAAAUCAAGUAAAGGCAGAUAUAUUUG